AUGAGGCCUGUCAGUGACCCUAUAGAUGAGAGGCUGAGACCUGUCAGUGACCCUAUAGAUGAGAGGAUGAGGCCUGUCAGUGACCCUAUAGAUGAGAGGCUGAGGCCUGUCAGUGACCCUAUAGAUGAGAGGCUGAGACCUGUCAGUGACCCUAUAGAUAAGAGGCUGAGACCUGUCAGUGACCCUAUAGAUGAGAGGCUGAAACCUGUCAGUGACUCUAUAGAUGAGAGGCUGAGGCCUGUCAGUGACCCUACAGAUGAGAGGCUGAAACCUGUCAGUGACCCUAUAGAUGAGAGGCUGAGAACUGUCAGUGACCCUGUAGAUGAGAGGCUGAGACCUGUCAGUGACCCUAUAGAUGAGAGGCUGAGGCCUGUAAGAGACCCUAUAGAUGAGAGGCUGAGACCUGUCAGUGACCCUGUAGAUGAGAGCCUGAGACCUGUCAGUGACCCUAUAGAUGAGAGGCUGAGGCCUGUAAGAGACCCUAUAGAUGAGAGGCUGAGACCUGUCAAUGACCCUAUAGAUGAGAGGCUGAGGCCUGUCAGUGACGCUAUAGAUGAGAGGCUAAGGCCUGUCAGUGACCCUAUAGAUGAUAGGCUGAGACCCUAUAGAUUAGAGGCUGAAACCUGUCAGUGA